AUGGAGCCUGUUUCGCCACUACGGCCAGGAAGCACGGCAACUAUUGCUGGGCUGGGCUCUCUACACGUGCCCUGUCCCGACUACAGCAGCUUCUCUCCAAGUGCCUUGAAGACAUCUCAUAGCCAAAGUCCCGAUGCUACGAUGUCUUCGCCAUCCUUGAAGCCUUCAGCUGGAGGAUACGGUUAUGCUAGCUUCGGCGCUCCGAACUCAUUCUCAACCACGGGCGUCUCGAGCUCUCCCCGUGUGAAUGGCCUCAGUGGCCUCAGUGGUCUCAGUGGCCUCAGUGGAGUUCAGGAGCUUUCCACGGAGGUGCAGCGAAAGGCGGUGGAGUGGGAGAGGCAGAUCGAGUCGUUGGAUGCCAAGGAGCUGGAAAUCCAUCAGACGCAGCUGCGACUGAUCAGGGAACAGACGACAGCUUUCCGAUCUGACUUCGCUGCCUUGCGCAAGGAGCUGGCAGACACCAAGGCCAUCGUCCAGAGACAACAGGCAAGCGCCAAUGAGCAGGGUGCUAGGCUCGACGACAUCCUGGCAAGGGAGCGCCAGGACCGUGAUGCCAGCCACACCUCGCUGGGCAGCCGCGUCGAGUCCAUCGAAAAGAGCCUGCCAAAGCUGAGAGACGAGAUUUCAUCCUUCAAGAUGCUGCUCCGUGGUCAGGACGUGGCCAUGAUCCUUCAGGCCCACGAGGAGGAGAUGAAAUCCAUCAAAGACUCUCAUUCCGAUAUGCGGAAUAGGCAUAGUGCGAGCGACCAGCACCAUGCAACCUUGCAACAAAGAGUCGACUACCUUGAGAAAAUGAUGGGGGACUCUGCCGACCAGCACGCUGCCCACAUAAAGCAGCUGGAGGAGCUGCGCCGGUGCCACGACGACUCCCAGGGCCGACACGCGAAUGUUUCCGACAAGUUGGACCGCCUACGCCAUGAGAAGGAGACGCUGAAGGAAACGCUGCACAAUCGCCAUGGAACCUUCGAAGACCGCCUUCUCAGCCUCGAGCGGUUUAUGUCGGAAUCCCUUGACAAGCAUGCCAAGGAGCUUUCAGAUUAUCGAAAUGCACACGGGCGGACCAGCAGCGAGACGCAGGCAUUAAAGGACAAACAUGCCUCCGUGGAAGAGCGUCUCAAAUUUUUGGAGCAAACUGUUGGUGACUCUGCGGAUCGACAUGAGCGACACGCUCAGGAAUUGAAGCAAGCAAAGCUUCAACUCGAGACGUUUCAUGGAAAGCUUUCAGAUGAGCAGGGCCACCGAGAGAGGCGAGACCAGCAUCAUGCGACAUUGGAGGAGCGUAUGCGCUUCCUCGAGCAGGCGCUGGGAGACUCAGCUGACAAGCACGCGCGAGAGCUCAAGGCCCACAAAGAUGGCCGAGACCAACAGCAUGCUUCUCUGGAGGAUAAGGUGAAGUAUAUCGAGAAGCUUAUCGGCGAUUCUGCUGAUGAGCAUGCUAGAAAGCUUGAAGCUCACAGAAGAGAGCUGGAGGACCAGAAAAGGAAUCUCAGCAACCACCAGCAGGCUUUUGAUCAGCACAGGAAGCAGACCCAGAGCCAGCAGGCAACGGUCGAGCGACAUGCUUCUUUUGAGCAGCGGCUUGACUUCCUGGAGCGUGCUUUAGGAGACUCGGCUCAGCACCACACCGGCCAGUUGCGGGCGGCUAAGGCAGAGCUUGAGCAGAAACACGAGGCACAUCAUGCGGCGACCGGCUCACUGGCAGACCGGCUUGACUAUGUGGAGAAAUGGUUCGGUGGGCUGCCCGGCUUUCAACCUCCAGCUGUGAGGAAUCGGACAGACUUUUCGCUGGCUGAGCCUGUGAGCCCUGCCACUUACAGUCCGUACACAGCCGCCUGA